GAUAAAGAGACUCCCUAUUUAUCUGCAUAACCCCGCCCCCAAGCAAGCCCCGCCCCAGGCAAGCCCCGGUGUAUUUCGCAAGUCAGAUGUCACGCACACACACUCUAAUUAGCAACCCCGAGCUCACGUCUCAUUGAAAGUCCGUCCUGAGAGGGUUACGUUGAGGGGACCUGCUGUAAGUUUUGCCAGGGAAUGAUUCACAGGACAGGGGCGCUUUGUUCCUGUACAUUCCGGUUGUUGUCGCUGCUGCUGCUGCUGCUGCUGCUACUACUAGAGACUUCGGACUUCCAAACUCACAAGCUGAACUUGUCGGUAUGAGAAACCAGCAGGCUCCUAUUCUCAAAGUGAAUGGUUUCUACCCGGAGAUAGAGCCUUUGUGCAGAGGCAGCGCGUACCAAGAGAAAGUGGGGGGAUCCCAGGCACCCACCAUGUGUAUUGCAGCCUCUGACAAGGGGAGCGAUCCGGCCCCCAGUUGCCUCUUGGAGGAGAGCCCCAAAGAGAGACUAUUGCUUGCUCAGCCAGUGUUCCUUCUUGACACGGAGAGACCGAUCAAGAGACCAGCAACAGACCUUACCUUGAAUCCUCAGCAAAAUGCUCAGUGUGUGUUUCCUGUAGGCCUUCGUGUGUAUCCUGACAAGAGAGAGCGUGCCUCUUCAUUCACUUACAGACCCACCACCUCCCAACCCCACGCAGACAAUAGACUUUCAGCGACACGCGUCCGUUCGUCUUCAUUUAGUUUCCUCUCCUCCUUCCCUCCGUCCCCGCCAGAUCUAAGGAAAAAUGUGUUUACGCCUUCCAGUUUGAUACAGGAUCAACCGGUGAUCACUACAACCAGCCCAGGGAAAUCCCAGACUUGGAAGGUUAUUAAGCCAGCCACCCUGCAGGCUCCACAGAUUACAAUAUCCCAAGAAGGGCAGAAUGCAGAAUGUGAAUCAGCACUGAGUCAGCUGGACAGAAAGAUGCCGCCUGAAGACAAAAACAAGUUGGCCCUGGAUAACGACAGCAAGAUUAAGUUCGCCCCUGCUUGUAUUUUGGACCACAACACAAAAAGAAAACAGCCAUUUGUUCAAGCAUUUGGAGCAGACAAAAAUACUUCUGGUUUUGUCUUUGGAGAAAACAUGGAUAGGCGAGUUAUGAGCCCAAGAAGACCUUUGCGUUCCCAGACCAGUACUGCCCAGGGAAAAUGGGAAGCAACCUCUUCCCGAUCAGUGACAUCUCACAGGAGCUGGCCUUAUCCAAGAAAUGGUGGGAAAACAUGCACCAGCCUCAUUGAAUCUGCUGCCGCCUACACUUCCAAACCAAGAGUCAAGUAUGAACUGGAUCAGAUGGAAAUCAUUACAGGAGAAGAGUCUGAGCGCAAUGUUUUACAGAUAAACUGCAAGCUUUUUGUUUUUAACAAAGACACUGUGAUGUGGACAGAAAGAGGUCGCGGGUACCUUCGCCUUAAUGACCAAGCAGAAAGUGACAAUGGAAUGUUCCAGUCCCGAAUAGUGAUGCGAAACCACGGCAGCUUGAAGCUCAUCUUAAACAGCAAAAUCUUUGAGAACAUGAAGUUAGAGAGAGCGAGUAGGAAGAGCCUGCGAAUCAUGGCCACCGACCUUACGGACCACAGCCUCAAAUUUUUCCUAGUCCAGGCUAGUGUGAAAGAUGCAGGGCGUCUCUUUGCCGCCAUUCACCACCGCCUCGUGGCUCUGCAGAACAGCAAACAACGGAAGGCUGACACCGCUCCAGCUGAGGUGGAAUCACACUUGCAACUUAUCAACAGCGACUCUGAAGAUGAAGAUGAAAUGACUUCGAUUCACAGUAGCCUUUCUGAGCAUGAUCAGUGGAUCAGAAGGCAGCCUGUCAUAUACUCCUGACAUCCAGCCCAGGAUUUCUGCCGCUUUGUGGCCUGUUGUAUAUUAGGAUGACACUGAAGCGCAGUCUGUCUGAAGGACGAGUCUACCAUUGCAGCAGCCAUUAAUUCCAAAUUAAAUAUAAACAGCAAAAAAAGAAACCGAAGCUGGAAACAGACGAAAAAAAAGCGGAUGUGCCAAAGACACCACGGUGACUUAUAAUAAAGCAUGUUUGCAACUUAUAAAUAUAUAUAUGAAUAUAAUGGAGACUGAAUUGUAGUUUGGGAGCUGCUGAGACCCUGCAGUACAUUUGUUUCCCACCACUGCAACUUUAUAAGAGAUUCUGCCUGUUAAAGACUUCCUAUAGGAAACGUGGGGUGAAUUACACACUCUCUUCUUGUAUAUACCUCAAAUGGGACUUUCAAUCAAGACUUCAGUGAACCCUGGACCAUGCAUUUCUAUUCCUAAACUCCUCACUGGAGCACUAUGGAUAUGUUUUUCCUGCGUGGGCCGCAAUUCCUUUCUUCUUAGCUAUUGCACCGGCCAAUCAUAGAGGCUGCUGAGGUUCUUCUAUAUCCCUUAAAUCUGGAAUUGUUUGCAUGUGUAAAUAGAAAUCUAAGAAGGUACUUUAUUAAAGAAGCACGGAUAACUCAUCAUAUUGAUGGCAAACAGAUAUUUUUUGGGCUUUAAACUAUGCAGUGAUUAUUUAUUUCUUAAUUAUUUUGAAAUAUUCAAAUAUAUGGACAUUAGAUUACGAGAUUUCAUACUGGUCCCAAUGGCUUUCCUUCUUUUGCUUUCCUUAAUGUUAAAGGGGAAACGAUCAUCAUCUUUGUAUGCUUUUACUGCAAUAAAUCUGACAAAUGCA